CACUCAGUUAACUGGUGUGAACUCUUGGAUCUGGAACAAUGAGAGUGUUGAGUCUUUUGCUUCUCGUUGCUGGUGUCUAUGGAGUGCCUUCAGCACACAGACCUGUUGAUCUUAUGCUUCCCGCACACAGACCUGUUGAUCAUAUGCUUCCCGAAAACCGCUGGGUAAACGAGUUUGAUGACAAGCUGUUGUACACUUGUCCCAUAUUUGAAACUAUUUCUACAAUUUCCAGUCAGCAUCAUAGCUACUACGAGGAUCGCAUGUGGGAUUUCAAGUGCCAGACGACGUUCACUGAGCAACCCUCCUGUAUCUGGAGCAACUAUGUGAACAACUUCGAUGAGGAAUUCACCUUCACCUGCCCGUUUGACUCGGUCAUCAGUGGCAUGGAGUCCGACCACGUGAACAAGCACGAGGACCGGAGAUGGAAGUUUUACUGCUGCCGUGUGAAUAAGGUGUGUAACACCACGUGUUUCUGGACCGACUACCUCAACCUCUUUGACCAGUACUUCAGCUGGCAGCUCCCUGCGUCCACGUACCUCGUCGGUGCCUCCAGCUACCACGACAACUACCGCGAGGACCGCCGUUGGAAGUACCAGUAUUGUGAGCAGCAGGCAUGCUGAGCUGGUGUGGGACAGGCAGAGAAAUGGUCACUUGUUUUCAGACCCGUUCUCUCACUCGACCCGUUCUCAUCAUCGACUUGGAAAUUUUCAUCCAAAAAAUUAAAGUAUUAGACUGCAGAAAUAUUGGUGGGCUCUGGAUCACUUUCACGUGC